AUGAGUAGGGACAGGUUUCUUUUACUUUUACGAUUUCUUCACUUCAAUGACAAUGAAUAUCAACCAACUAAUGAUAAGUUAUACAAAAUAAAACCGAUCAUUAAUUAUUUACGUGAACGAUUUGGUCAACUUUUAGUUCCUUAUCAAAAUGUAUGCAUCGAUGAAAGCUUGAUAUUAUGGAAGGAUCGUCUUAGUUUCAAGCAAUACAUUCCAUCAAAAAGAAGUAGAUUUGGAAUCAAACUAUAUGUAUUAUGCGAUGUUAAUACUGAAAUUAUAUUAGACUUCAUUGUUUAUACAGGAGCCACUACUGAUAUGGAAAGAUUUUCCGAUAAAGGUCACAAUCUAUUUGUAGAUAAUUUGUUUACAAGUGUUAGCCUUUUUGAGAAACUAUUUGAAAGGUCAACUGGUGCGUGUGGAACUGUUAGAAAAGAUAGAUUGGGUUUACCUGAAUUUCAAGCUAAAAUUGGAAAAGGUCCACAAGUUUAUAAAAACACGGACAACAUGUUAGCCUUGAAAUGGCAUGAUAAAAAUGAUGUUAUUAUAUUAUCAACUAUUCAUGAACCUCAAAUGAAAAAUACCGAAAGAAAUAGUACAACAAUUCAAAAAUCAGUUUCAGUAAUUGAUUAUAAUUUUAACAUUCAUAUGAUUGAUAAAGCUGAUACGCAAAUUAGUUUAGUCGAGUGUUUAAGAAAAACUGUAAAAUGGUACAGAAAAUUAUUUUUUCAUAUGCUUGAUUUAUCAGUCUUCAAUUCAUACGUGCAUAAUAAAGUCAAUACUGUAAAGAAAAGAAAAUGUGUGGAUUAUCGUCUACAACUUAUUCAUGAAGUCUUACAAACUUAUACUGUUGCAAAACCCACAAUAGGUCGUCCUACACUGACUGAUCUAUCAACCAGACUUACUGAUAGACNAUUUCCAUCUCCUGUACCCGAAACAACGAACAGACAAACUCGUCAGAGAAAAUGUGUCGUAUGUGCACACACUAGUCGAAUACCUAGAAAGAGGACUGAUUCACGCUAUAUGUGUAAAGAUUGUGAUGUAGCUCUUUGUGUUGUUGGAUGUUUUCAGAAAUUUCAUAAUUUAUUACAUUUUUAGUUUCUUUUUGUACUAACUUCUCUUCUCAUAUAUAAUUAAAUUUUCUUGAUAUACUUCUUGGAUGUAUGUUUAUUUCUUCUGUUAUAGAAUAAACACUGCGUCUUUUGAUUUGUUUCUGGAUGAAAAAAUUAUAUUUAAUAGCUGUCAGGUGAUUUUAUAAGCGAAAACCUAAUUUUUUUCUAAAAAAAAGUCAGUCCCCAAAAGGUUAAAGAGGUAUCGAGUGAAAAGCUAAGGGAUUAUUUAUGUUUGAACAUCGUUAUUUUCUAGCGCUGAAAUGUGCUAUGAAGACAUAAGAAAAUUAAACUGCUUUUCACUUAUGAUUGUUGGAUGUGCCCGAACAAUACACAACAGCAUUUUCGAGCUAGAGACAUCUAAAAAAUGUCUCUUUGUCAGUCCUGUGUGUUCUUUUCCUUUUCGUAAAGGACUCUUUUGAGUUUGUAAUCUUCAACGUCGACUUUCGACAAUGGUGUAUUAGAAGGCGGAGUUUGUUUUCCGAAACCUGCGGCCUGAUUACUGCGGAUACCAUAAAAACGACUAUCAUCCAAUUAAAACUAUUUACGAUGAAGGCGAUAUCCUAGCAUAUCCUUCCUCGAAACCCAGUUCAAGAGAAUCCUUCUAUUCAAAUUUUCUUGAGCACAUUUUUCUGUACAGCAUCAUGCAUAAUUUCUAGCUAGGCCAAACUUAUUCGGAUGAUAAAAGAAUACAAUCUUAAACAGGGCUUUUCUACAUUGGAACUCACCAAUCUUAUUGAUAAUUCUCGCCAAGGACGCUAUCUGAGAAGAGUGACAUUACAAUUCUUAAAGGCUGCUGUUCAUUUCACACAGAACUUCUCAAGACUUGUUGAUAGGAGAAAAUUCCUAUGAUAGCGAAGCAAUAUUAUGUAAACUUAAGAGGUGGCAUUUCCGAGUAAACGCUCUGUUUACAUUCAUAUUGCGUCUGUAUGUAGGGAAUCAUUGCAAUAGAAUCAUCGCCAAAGGGUUAAUCCUCUCGUUGGGAUUCGGCCGAAUUUUCUAAGUUUUAGUGGGCUUACUUCUAUAUGGUGUUAGAUUUUGAGUGCAAUCCUAUUUCGAAUUUUGAUGUACAACUUUGUCAACAUGAAGGCCUUCCUAUAAAUAACUCAUAUACAAAGUUUUAUUAUUUUGAGACAUUCCAUCUUUGAACAUUGACAUUUUGAAAGAUUCAUUUAUCAGUGACCCAAUGUUCAAGAAUUAUGAGACUUAAUGUAGGCGAUGUUAGCUAUGUACUCUAUCGAAUGGUUAUGACAUAUUGACGGUUUCUCAAACCAGUCGUUCUGAAGUCAAAAGAAACGGAUUUUACUCUAUAAAACAUGUAGAAUCCAACUAGUAGUUCCUGCUGUGAUUGAACUAGGAACUGCGUCAGGUUUUCUUGCUUGUGGUCCAAGGAUAAUUGUACCUGAUCUUUUUGUUGACAUCGAGAAAAAGAUAUGGAACAAGUCGUGAGCGAAUGAUUGCUCGGAGUACUUUUAAAAUUCUCUAUAGCCUGAAGGAAAAAAAUAUCAUUUUGCGAUUUGUAAGUAACGGUAUGACAUAACAUAACUCUGAUCUCACCGUUUGAUAGAGGAUGUCAAGUCCUAUGUGAAACGAAAACGAGAACAUCUGAAAUGUCUCAUAAGUGAAUAUGGGCACUCUGCAAAAUAGGAGGUUUGCAGAAUCCUUUUAGGCCUCUAACAAGUUCUGAGUUUUACUUUACAGCAGAACUCCUGCAAAGGGAUAUGUGGAAUAAAAAAUGGUCCUAAAUCCCUAUGUAAAAGAUUUUUCUCUUAUGCCGAACCCUUUUUUAAGGGGUUCUGCUUUCGUGUAAAAGGCAGAAUUUGUUAGAAAACCUGAAAUUUUCUUCAAAACUUAAUUUUUUUCAGAGCAGCAAUAGCUUGUAUCUGGUACUAACUUCACCAACGUUGAAACUUCAUAAAUGAGCAAGUUAUAGCAAGGCUUCCAUGCUGAGAAAGGUGCAGAUCGAAAUUUGAGAUAUGAUUUGACUUGAAAACUAACUUCCUAUGGUAAAAACCCACUAACAGUAGAAGUUUCGUGUGAAUUUCAACAAGAGCACGAAUAUUUUGAUGAUUAUUGUAAUCUAAUAGACUUCUAUGCAUGGGUUUGAUAUGAAUGUAAAGGUAGCAUCAUCUCAUUAGUGGUACUAUAUAAGGAUAGAAAAAUUUUCUGAGUACUGAUAGAGUAAAAGAACUUUAAAAAGGUACUGCAAUUUCAAAAGACUUACGUUAGUUUCUUGUAUUGAUGCGAUAAAUAGUGUGAUGAUGACGAGUAUAAUACGUUUGUAAUAUGUUGGUGUCGUUUAAAAAAGAAAAUGAAAGCAUCAUUUUGCUUAUGUGCAUAUCGAAAGACUCUUUGGCUUGCGUGAAUUCAACCGUAUACGUGGGAUAAGUAUGAUCCUAUGUUAUUGAGACAGAUUGGUUUUUUUUCUCGUACAAAUAUUUUCAUUCUUUUGCUUGUUCUAUCACUUAUUGAUCAGACAGUUUAAUUGACGAAGAGAGAGAAAGUUAAUCGAUAGUAGGAAAAAUGUGCAUUAUACCACAGCUUUAUUUUUUUUUCUUCCUAUCGUUGCACAGAAUAGGUAAAAUAUGAAGGCUUCACAAGCAAUAGUAUGCUGCUUAAUACCGUUGAUUCUGUUAAAAUCAAGCUGAAACGCUCCGUAUCUCUAGCAGCAAAGAUACUAUUUUUUAAUACUACUUUUGGAAGCAUUUCCUGCUCACAGGCAUGUUCCUCCAUAAAGAUCGAGAUUUGAACGCAAUCUCAGCUUUAGGAUCGUCUCCGAUCCCUAGAGAAAUCAGAGAUUUGCUUUCACCAGCUGCUUCGACCACCAUUUUCGGUUUAUUUGCCGUUCUCAUCGUCAUGUGUAAUCAUCUCAGUUGGAAAUCAGCUUCAGAUAAUUCACACUCUCAGCCACAGAGUCAGUUAUGUUUUCAACCUCAACCUUAAUAUCGAGGUCUAUCGGACUUGUUGUGUUUAGUGAGGGCUCUGUUAAGCCUAACUUCUCGUCUAGCUUUCACUCAUUGUUCUUUACCAUCCUAAAGUAUUUCAUGAACCAGUGCUCAUUUUUACAGCUGUUACGGUCGAUUAUUGUCCUCAAUUUGGAGAUCUCGGCUUCAGAUUGUACUUUGAAUUGGAUCAUAUUCUCAAUUAGAGUAGCAGCUUCGAUCAUAACUAUAAUGCUCGUUACAGACGUGUUUUCGGACCUCUGCUCUGGCUCAGCUUCGCUAAAAUUCUGGUUUUAGAACGGUACUCGCUAACUCUCAACGUUUCUGUAAAAAUCUUGAAAGCCGCUUACGAUCCUGUUACCCUCGAAUUCUAUUUUACAAGUAAACAUUCGCAACUGAUAAACACCUCUCGCUUCGAUGUUUUACUGGUGACUCAAGUUAACCAUGUAUACAAAUUAUUCAAGAGGAUUCAUACCACUGCUGCUUGGUUUCAGUGCGAAGAGAAGAACAAGUCUCACGGUACUUAGUGGCACCUUCUCUGUGUCAUUAAUUUUCUUUUUCCUGUCUUACCUAGGAAAUACAUUCUUCUAUUGAAAAUUUGAUCACUAAUUUAUCUUUUCUGUGAUUAGUCACCCUUGAAGUCUUAGAUCACUCUUACUUUACGUCGGAGAUAGAGGACAUUCCUUAUUUUCUUUUUUUGAUAACCACUUUUAUUCUUUUCACCCUUAGGCUCAAGGAAGAUUUAUAUGGUUUCAUUUGAUUUUCCUUUCAAGAAAAGGAACCUAAAAUGAAAAAAACAGUUGUAGUAGGCGUUCUUUCACAAAUAACUGAAAAGUCAUACAACGAAAACAAGUCAAAUGAAAUAAACGCUCGAGGAAGGGUACUGGUCAAUAUGUAAUUAUGAUAUUUUUAAAAAAAGUAGAUACAACAAGAGGCUUCUUUUCUAUGCAGCGUAAAGAAUAAUGUUGCUUUCCAUAACAGUGCAUAACGCGUUAUUUGUUUGAAAUAGAAGAAUCAUUAGAAGAACUUCUGUUUUCUUCCGUCUGAAAGACAAGUCAGAUUUAACUGACAAUUUAAGGAUGAAUUGUGAUAAACAAGAUAAUUUACUAAUCAAAUUUUGAACGAAAAAAUUUAUUUCCUAGUAAAAAUACGAUAAGAUAUACAAAAAACUCAGAGAAGCUGGCGCUAACUACCAUAAUACUUGUUCUAUCCCUAAUACUGAAACCAAGCAGCUAUGGUGCGAAUUCUUUUAGAUAGUUUGUAUAUACAAUCUACCUCAACUACCCACGAUAUAUGCGCUCGAACGACGCUUAUUAGUAGGCAAUAGUUCCUCGUGAGCAUGCCGCCGGAUGACAGACAUCCCCCUGGUCACGGUCCCAGAUCCCUACCGGUUUGGGC